AAAGUGCAAGGGAAGGAGGAAUAUCUCUGAUGGUUGCCCUCGCUGGAUGGAAUGGCAACUUUGACCAGCGAGAGAAGGGCAUUUGCUCAUAAGAUUAACAGAACGGUUGCAGCAGAAGUGAGAAAGCAGGUAUCCAGAGACUAUGGCUCACCUCAGCUGUCCAAAAAACGUGCAGGACCUCAUCAGCAAGUUCCUCUGUCUGAAGUGGUAGAACCCGUGGACUUUGAGGAGUACGUGAGCAGUCAUGCCCCGGGAGCAGAACUCGGACCGCUCAGACAGCUGUGCGAGUUUCCAGACGACGACCUGCAGCUCCUCCUUCAGGAGAGAGAAUGCACUACACUAGAACCCGCAUUACCUGAAGAGGACACACUUGACCCCAGAGUGAGAGAUGCUGUUGCCGUCUACACAGAUGAGUGGCUUAUUACUCAGAGAAAGUAUCAGCGCUUCAGCACAAUCCAAACGCCUCACAACUCAGAGCGGCAGAGGGAGAGGCAGCGCGGACUGACCAAGCAGACCUUUGAGCUGGACGAGGCUGCUGUUGAUCGCCAUGACGACGCAGAGGAUGCAAAGCGACGCUCCGUCUCUCUGGACGACACGCCGCGGGGCAGCUGGGCGUCCAGUAUCUUCGACCUGAAGAACUCGGCUCCGGACGCUCUCCUCCCCUCCGUGCUGGAACGGACCGCCGCUGAGGACAUGGACCGCCGCAACACAGAGAGUCGCCAACAGGGACGACACGCAGACCUGCUGGGCCUUUACCCUGCUCCAGACGAGGACGAAGCAGUGGAGAGGUGUACCAUUCCAGAGGUGCCCAAGGAACACACUGGCCAGAGAAUCAUGGUCAAGUGUCUCUCUCUCAAAUUUGAGAUUGAAAUUGAGCCGAUAUUUGGGACACUGGCCCUGUAUGACGUGAAGGAAAAGAAAAAGAUCUCUGAAAAUUUCCACUUUGACCUGAACUCGGAUCAGAUGAAGGGCCUCCUCCGUUCUCACAGUCCCCAUCCGGCCAUCUCCACCCUGGCCCGCUCCGCCAUCCUCUCCAUCACAUACCCGUCCCCAGACAUCUUCCUGGUCAUUAAGUUGGAGAAGGUCCUCCAGCAGGGAGACAUUGGAGAAUGCUGUGAGCCCUACAUGGUUAUGAAGGAAUCGGACUCCACUAAGCAUAAGGAGAAACUGGAGAAACUGCGACAGCAGGCUGAACAGUUCUGCGGUAGGCUUGGCCGUUUCCGAAUGCCCUUCGCUUGGACGGCCAUCCACCUGAUCAACAUCGUUAGCAGCGCGGGAGCUCUGGAGCGCUCCGACUCCGACUCGGAGACAGAGCGAAAAGGGACGUGGAACGAGAGAAAGAAGAAGGGCUUUGAAAGAAUGAGUGUGGGAGAAGACAUGUGUAGCUUUACCAGCUUCCGUCCAGCAACUCUCACUGUCACCAACUUCUUUAAGCAGGAGGGAGACAGAUUGAGUGAUGAAGAUCUCUAUAAGUUUCUGGCUGACAUGCGGAGGCCUUCAUCUGUCCUGCGGAGACUGAGACCAGUCACUGCUCAGUUAAAGAUAGACAUCUCUCCAGCACCAGAGUCUCCUCACUACUGUCUGUCUCCAGAGCUGCUCCAUGUGAAACCGUACCCUGACCUACGCGUGCGCCCAACAAAGGAGGUUCUGGAGUUCCCUGCUCGCUGUGUCUAUACUCCUCACACGACCUACAGGAACCUGCUGUACGUGUACCCCCAGAGCGUGAACUUCAGCAGUCGACAGGGCUCGGUGAGGAACAUCGCUGUCAAAGUCCAGUUCAUGGCAGGAGAGGAUCCCAGCCAAGCCAUGCCUGUGAUAUUUGGCAAGUCCAGCUGUGCGGAGUUCUACAAAGAGUCCUACACACCCGUCAUUUAUCACGACAAGACGCCAGAGUUUUAUGAGGAGGUGAAGAUGAAAAUCCCUGCUAAUCUAACAGAUAACCAUCACCUCCUCUUCACCUUCUACCACAUCAGCUGUCAGCCCAAGCAGAACACUCCCCUGGAGACGCCCGUGGGAUACACGUGGAUCCCGCUGAUGCAGCAUGGACGACUGCGAACAGGUUCUUUCAGUCUGCCUGUCUCAGUGGAGAAACCUCCAGCCAGUUACUCCGUCCUCACACCUGACGUUCAACUACCAGGAAUGAAGUGGGUGGAUAACCAUAAAGGAGUUUUCAAUGUCGAGGUGACAGCUGCCUCCUCGGUUCACACACAGGACCCUUACCUGGAUAAGUUUUUCACCUUGGUCUAUGUUCUGGAGGAGUACUCCUUUCCUUUCCGCCUGAAGGAUGUCAUUAUCACUGAGGCUAAUGUAGAGGCAGAGCUGAAGGCCAGCAUGGGAGCCCUGAAGGGGGCGCUGCUGGACACCUGCGUGCGUUUUCUGCACCAGCUCCUCAACAAGCUCACGCUGCUAAUCAUUCACCCGCCAAUCAUCGCAGGCCAGAUCGUGAAUCUGGGCCGUGCUGCCUUUGAGGCCAUGGCCUUGCUCGUCAAUCAGAUCCAUAAAAAUCUGGAGGGCAACCAGGACCAACAUGGCCGCAACAACCUGCUGGCUUCCUACAUCUACUACUGCUUUCACCUUCCCACCACAGAGCCCACAGUGCCCUCUACUGUGGGUGCCCCGGCCUACGAGGUGCCCAUUCAGUACGCCACAUUGUCGAGGGCGACGGCCCGCCCCAGCAGCCUGCUCCUCUCACGCUCCAAGAGCAUCAGCAACUCCAACCCUGACCUGGCCACCACGCCCAACUCCCCUGACGAGGAGGUGCAGAGGAUCAUUAGUAGCAAGGGAAUAGACCGCUCUCACUCCUGGGUAAACUCUGCUUACGCCCCGGGCGGCUCCAGGGCUGUUCUCCGCCGGAACCCCAACUCCAGCUGUGAGCUAAAGCAGUUGCUCCAUGAAGAGUUGGCCUUACAGUGGGUGGUGAGCACCAGCACAGUGAGAGAGGCAGCGCUGCAGCAGGCCUGGUUCUUCUUCCAGCUCAUGGUGAAGAGCAUGGCCCAUCAUCUAUUUUUGUCGGCGCGGUUGGAAGUGCCGAGACGCCAGCGUUUUCCAGACCGCUUUGUGGAUGACAUUGCUGCUUUAGUGUGUGCUAUCAGUGCAGACAUAGCUAGUCGAUACCACAAGGAUGUCGAGCUUGUGGAGAGAUUAAACAGCAGUCUGGCCUUCUUCCUCAAUGACCUUCUGUCUCUAAUGGACCGAGGUUUUGUGUUCAACCUCAUCCGCUCCUAUUAUAAACAGAUCUCCAACAAACUCCACACAGCCCAGAACCCCUCCUCUCUGACGGCGCUGAGGAUGGACUUCCUACGCAUCGUCUGCAGUCACGAACAUUACGUGACCCUGAACCUGCCCUGCUCCACCCUCAGUCCUCCAGCUUCACCCUCUCCAUCCACCUCCUCCACCACCUCUCAGGGCUCGGCGUUCUCGUGUCAGGUCCAGGACCAGGGCGUGGCCAGCAUGUUCGAGCUCUCUGUGCCGUUCCGCCAGCAGCACUUCCUGUCUGGACUGCUCCUCUCUGAACUGUCACUCAUCCUCGAACCAGACGGAGAGGGGGUGUUUUUCCUGCAUAAAAAGGCCAUCUGUUCCUUACACUCCUUGCUGUGUAGUCAUGACUCAGACCCCCGUUACACAGACGCUCAGGUGCGUUCUCACAUUGCUCAGCUUUACCUGCCACUCAUCCCCGUCGUCAUGGAAGCGCUGCCCCAGCUCCAUGACUUCACCGACACAUCGCCCCCUCGUGUUCGUCACGCCUCUGCACUCGCAGAUGAUGCUGACCCAGACAACGGCACCAUCAAUCAGUCUGUUGCCAUGGCAAUAGCCGGUUCGCCAUUACCUCAUUCCAAGGCUAACCCGUUUACUCUGCCUACAGUGGCGGGGCGUCAGAGCAGCUCUCUGUCAGCGGAGUGCAGUAGGGCUCUGUUGGUAUGCUUUCUGUGGGUGUUGAAGAAUGCAGAUGCCGGUUUGCUGGAGCGCUGGGUAUCUGACCUGUCUGUGCUGCAGAUUAACCGUCUGCUCGACCUGUUGCACCUCUGCAUCUCCUGCUUCGAGUACAAGGGGAAGAAGACUCUGGAGCGCAUAAACAGCCUGACUUUUAAGAAGUCUCAAGACAUGAAGGCCCGGUUAGAGGAGGCAAUACUGGGCACUAUCGGUGCCAGGCAAGAGAUGGUUCGCCGAUGCAGAGAAAGGAGUCCGUAUGGCACUGCAGAGAGUGUGAGAUGGAGGAAGAAUGUUACUCACUGGAGACAGAACACAGACCGAGUGGACAAGACCAAAGCCGAGAUGGAGCAAGAAUCUGUAGUGGAUGGCAACCUGGCAACCGAAGCCUCUUUGGUCGUUCUGGACACACUGGAGAUCAUCGUGAAAACGGUCGUUCAGUCUGAGCUGAAGGAGAGCGUGUUGGGCGGCGUACUCAGGGUCCUUCUCCACAGCAUGGCAGGAAACCAGAGCGCCCUCUUCCUGCAGCACUGUUUCACUACACAGAGAGCACUGGUCUUCAAGUUUCCAGAGAUGCUGUUUGAGGAGGAUACGGAGCUGUGUGCGGACCUGUGUCUGAGGUUACUGCGACACUGCAGCAGCAGCAUCAGCUCGGUCCGCAGUCACGCCAGCGCCUCCCUCUACCUGCUCAUGAGGCAGAACUUCGAGAUCGGCAACAACUUUGCUCGAGUGAAGAUGCAGGUGACCAUGUCCCUAUCUUCUCUGGUGGGAAUGUCCCAGACCUUUAAUGAGGAACACCUUCGGCGCUCCCUCAAAACCAUUCUCACUUACGCAGAGGAGGACCUGGAGCUCCGUGACUCUCCCUUCCCCGAACAGGUUCAAGAUCUAGUGUUCAACCUUCACAUGAUUCUCACAGAUACAGUGAAGAUGAAGGAACAUCAGCAAGACCCGGAGAUGCUUAUAGACCUGAUGUACAGGAUCGCAAAGGGCUACCAGAACUCUCCAGACCUGCGGUUGACGUGGCUGCAGAACAUGGCGGGGAAACACUCGGAGAGAGGGAACCACGCUGAAGCUGCUCACUGCCUGGUCCACAGCGCCGCCCUGGUGGCUGAGUACCUUAACAUGCUUGAGGACUGCCGAUACCUGCCCAUCGGCUGCGUUUCCUUCCAGAAAAUCUCGUCCAACGUCCUGGAGGAGUCGGCGGUGUCCGACGACGUCCUGUCCCCGGAGGAGGAGGGCAUCUGCGCGGGGAAGUACUUCAGCGAGUCUGGUCUGGUUGGCCUCCUGGAGCAGGCGGCCGCCUCCUUCAACAUGGCUGCCAUGUAUGAAGCAAUAAACGAGGUUUAUAAGAUCCUUUGUCCCAUUCACGAAGCGAACAGAGACUUCAAGAAGCUGGCAACUGUCCACGGCAAAUUACACGAUGCCUUCAACAAAGUGUACAAUCAGAGUUCAGGAUGGGAGAGGAUGUUUGGGACCUACUUCAGGGUGGGUUUCUAUGGCUGUCGCUUCGGGGACCUAGACGAGCAGGAGUUUGUUUACAAGGAGCCGUCCAUCACCAAGCUGGCUGAGAUCUCCCAUAGGCUGGAGGAGUUUUAUUCUGAGAGGUUUGGAGAUGAUGUGGUGGAGAUCAUUAAAGACUCUAAUCCUGUGGACAAGACCAAGCUGGAUCCCAACAAGGCAUACCUCCAGAUUACCUAUGUGGAGCCUUUCUUCGACACUUACGAGCUAAAAGAACGCAUCACGUACUUUGACAAGAACUACAACCUGCGCACGUUCAUGUACUGCACGCCUUUCACGCUGGACGGCCGCGCCCACGGAGACCUUCACGAGCAAUACAAACGCAAGACCAUCCUCACCACCUCUCACGCCUUCCCCUACAUCAAGACACGCAUUAACGUCAUCCAGAAAGAAGAGAUCAUUCUGGUACCCAUAGAGGUGGCCAUCGAGGACAUGCAGAAGAAGACCCAGGAACUGGCCUUUGCCACACACCAGGACCCUUCUGAUCCCAAGAUGCUCCAGAUGGUCCUACAAGGUUGUGUGGGGACAACAGUCAAUCAGGGUCCUCUGGAGGUAGCGCAGGUCUUUCUGGCUGAUAUUCCUGAAGAUCCCAAAGUCUUCCGCCAUCAUAACAAACUGCGUCUCUGCUUCAAAGACUUCACUAAAAGGUGUGAGGAUGCCCUCCGUAAGAACAAGUCUCUGAUUGGUCCAGAUCAGAGGGAGUACCAUCGGGAGCUGGAGCGUAACUAUACCAAGCUGAAAGAGGCCCUGAGCCCUCUGAUCAACCGCAAGAUUCCCCAACUCUACAGAGCACUGCCAAUGCCAGCCAUGCAAACACAGAGGAAUUCUCUCAGCAGAUCUAGUUUUCGUCGAGUGGACUGCUGAAGAGCACUUACAAUGAGAAGAAGAAGAAGAAGAAAAAGAAAAAGAAGUAGAACACGACGAAGAAAGGCAGCUCAGGACAUCGUUUAUUUUACGCUCUGUGAUUGGUCACUUCUCUGUCUGCCACUCUUUUGCACCACGCCACCUAUGCAUGCACACGUAGCACGUAUUCCACUCGGCCCUGUACAGCUUCCCUCUGGCCGCUCUUCUUUCUCCUCUCUCUCUCUGCCCCGGUAGAUGGUCUUACCUGUUGUUUAUUCAGCAUGUGGGUCGUCCUUGCUGUAAACACUGUUAUUUUGAAGGGUGUUGGGCAUUACAGUGUUGCACACUAACUCUGUAGUUAAGACCAGGUUUUAUUCUCUUUGGCUCAUCUCUGAGGUCAUUUUAAGGUUUUCACCCCGUCAUGGGAACCCAAACACUCCCUCCUCGGGCCCGUCUGCACUUCCCUCUUUUCUGUUUGUUUUGGGUAUUUGUUUGUGUUCCUGCUUUCCAUCCACUCUUUUUCACUGUCCUCCCCUGUUUUCCCACUUUAGUCACCCUCUAAGCCCCUUCUGUCGCUCUCUCUCUCUCUGUCUGUCUGUCUCUCGCUCUGUCUGUGUUUCUCUCUGUCCCUUUAUGUCUCCCCAUCCUCCCUUCCCCCAUCUGCUCUGUCUGAUCUCAUCUCACCCUUUUUCUGUGUGUGUGUGUGUGUGUGU